AUGUCUCAUUUGCCGUUUUUUAUAAAAGGGGAGGUAGUAAAAGGAUUUGGAAGGGGUUCAAAAGACCUUGGAUGUCCAACAGCAAAUUUUUCUCGCGAAGUUAUUAAAUGCCUGCCAAAAGAUUUUAAAAGUGGUGUUUAUUGUGGAUGGGCACAAGUGGACUCACAACCAGUUUAUAAAAUGGUUGUUAAUAUUGGGUGGUGUCCUGUUUAUCAAAAUGAGGACAUGUCUGUGGAGACACAUAUCAUUCAUGAAUUUGAGAGUGACUUCUAUGGAUCAACUUUAAAAAUUUGUAUAACUGAAUAUUUGAGACCAGAAAUGAAUUUUACCUCACUAGAUGGUUUAAUACAACAAAUUAGUCUGGAUAUAAAUAAUGCAAAUAAGAAGCUAGCAUUACCAGAGUUUGUCAAACUCAAGAGCCAUGAGUUUUUUAGCAAUGAUAAUAAUUAG